GCAGGUCCUCCCCUGAGCUGGUGGACACGUUGCUGUGGACCGCCCAGCAUUGACGUGGCUGUGGCUGUGGCCCCCGCCCGCUGCUGAAUUUGGAUGUGUUGGCGGGACUCUGGAGCUCUGUGCAGCAUUGUGUCCGUGGAAGUUUCGAGCCAUUGAGUUGCGAAGAGGAGUAGACGGUGCUAGCGAUGAGCUCCCAAAGCCACCCAGGUCCGUGUACAGUGUACUGGUCUGAAGUAAGAGCCACUUAAAUCUUCACAUGCUGCUCACAGAUGGACUUUCUGGUCGAGACCAGCCUGUGGAGCUGCUAAACCCGGCCCGUGUGAACCACAUGUCCAGCACCGUGGAUGUGGCCUCGGCGCUGCCUUUGCAGGUGGCUCCCUCGGCGGUGCCCAUGGACCUGCGCCUGGACCACCAGUUCCCGCUGCCUGUGGCGGAGCCCGCCCUCCGGGAACAGCAGCUGCAGCAGGAGCUCCUGGCUCUGAAGCAGAAGCAGCAGCUGCAGCGGCAGAUCCUCAUCGCAGAGUUCCAAAGGCAGCACGAACAGCUGUCACGGCAGCACGAGGCCCAGCUGCACGAGCACAUCAAGCACCAGCAGGAACUGCUGGCCCUGAAGCACCAGCAAGAGCUGCUAGAGCACCAACGGAAGCUGGAGAGGCACCGCCAGGAACAGGCGCUGGAGAAGCAGCACCGUGAGCAGAAGCUGCAGCAGCUCAAGAACAAGGAGAAAGGCAAAGAGAGUGCUGUGGCCAGCACAGAAGUGAAGAUGAAGUUGCAAGAGUUUGUCCUCAAUAAAAAGAAGGCGCUGGCCCACCGGAGCCUGAACCACUGUAUCUCCAGUGAUCCUCGCUACUGGUAUGGGAAAACGCAGCACAGCUCCCUGGACCAGAGCUCCCCGCCCCAGAGCGGUGUGUCAGCCUCCUACAACCACCCGGUCCUGGGCAUGUAUGAUGCCAAAGACGACUUCCCUCUCAGAAAAACAGCUUCAGAACCCAAUCUGAAAUUACGGUCCCGGCUAAAGCAGAAAGUGGCUGAGAGACGGAGCAGCCCUCUGUUGCGCAGGAAAGAUGGGCCUGUGGUCACUGCUCUAAAAAAGCGUCCUUUGGAUGUCACAGACUCUGCAUGCAGCAGUGCCCCCGGCUCCGCACCCAGCUCGCCCAACAACAGCUCCGGGAGCAUCAGCACGGAGAAUGGGAUCACACCCGCCGUCCCCAGCAUCCCAGCCGAGACCAGCUUGGCACACAGACUGGUGACUCGGGAAGGCUCCGUGGCCCCACUUCCCCUCUACACAUCCCCAUCCUUACCCAACAUCACACUGGGACUUCCUGCCACCGGCCCUUCUGCUGGAGCGGCAGGCCAGCAGGAAGCCGAGAGACUGGCUCUCCCAGCCCUGCAACAGCGGCUCUCCCUCUUUCCUGGCACCCACCUCACGCCCUACCUGAGCACGGCGCCCCUGGAGCGGGACGGCGGGGCAGCUCACAACCCUCUCCUGCAGCACAUGGUCUUACUGGAGCAGCCACCCACACAGACGCCCCUCGUCACAGACUGGUAUCUUUCAGGCCUGGGCGCCCUGCCCCUGCACACACAGUCUCUGGUUGCCGCAGACCGGGUGUCCCCCUCCAUCCACAAGCUGAGGCAGCACCGCCCACUGGGGCGCACGCAGUCGGCGCCGCUGCCCCAAAACGCCCAGGCCCUGCAGCACCUGGUCAUCCAGCAGCAGCACCAGCAGUUUCUGGAGAAACACAAGCAACAGUUUCAGCAGCAGCAGCUGCAUAUGAACAAGAUUAUCCCCAAACCCAGCGAGCCAGCCCGGCAGCCUGAGAGCCACCCCGAGGAGACAGAGGAGGAGCUCCGUGAGCACCAGGCCCUCCUGGAGGAGCCCUACCUAGACCGGCUCUCUGGGCAGAAGGAGGCCCAGGAGCUGACUGGAGUGCAGGUGAAACAGGAGCCCUUGGAGAGUGACGACGAAGAGGCAGAGCCACCUCGGGAAGUGGACCCUAGCCAGCGCCAGCCCACGGAGCAAGAGCUGCUCUUCAGACAGCAAGCGCUCCUGCUGGAACAGCAGCGGAUCCACCAGCUGAGGAACUACCAGGCCUCCAUGGAGGCCGCUGGCAUCCCUGUGUCCUUCGGUGGCCACCGGCCUCUGUCCCGGGCACAGUCCUCCCCAGCGUCUGCCACCUUCCCCAUGUCUGUGCAGGAGCCCCCCAGCAAACCGAGGUUCACCACAGGCCUGGUGUACGACACACUGAUGCUGAAGCACCAGUGCACCUGCGGGAACAGCAACAGCCACCCUGAGCACGCCGGCAGGAUCCAGAGCAUCUGGUCGCGGCUGCAGGAGACUGGCCUCCGAGGCAAAUGCGAGUGCAUCCGAGGACGGAAGGCCACCCUGGAGGAGCUGCAGACUGUGCAUUCGGAGGCACACACCCUACUCUACGGCACAAACCCCCUCAACAGGCAGAAACUGGACAGUAAGAAACGUCUAGGCUCGCUGACGUCCAUGUUUGUCAGGCUGCCCUGUGGCGGUGUCGGGGUGGACAGUGACACCAUAUGGAACGAGGUGCACUCAUCCGGGGCAGCCCGCCUGGCUGUGGGCUGCGUGGUGGAGCUUGUCUUCAAGGUGGCCACAGGGGAGCUGAAGAAUGGCUUUGCCGUGGUCCGCCCUCCAGGACAUCACGCAGAGGAGAGCACGCCCAUGGGUUUCUGCUACUUCAACUCCGUGGCUGUUGCAGCCAGGCUUCUCCAACAGAGACUGAAUGUGAGCAAGACGCUCAUAGUGGACUGGGAUGUGCACCAUGGAAAUGGGACCCAGCAGGCCUUCUACAGCGACCCCAAUGUCCUCUACAUCUCACUGCACCGCUACGACGACGGCAACUUCUUCCCAGGCAGUGGGGCGCCUGACGAGGUGGGCACAGGGCCGGGCGUGGGCUUCAACGUCAACAUGGCUUUCACUGGUGGCCUUGACCCCCCCAUGGGAGAUGCAGAGUACUUGGCAGCCUUCAGAAUGGUGGUCAUGCCUAUCGCAAACGAGUUUGCCCCGGAUGUGGUGCUGGUGUCAGCAGGUUUCGACGCCGUGGAGGGCCACCCCACACCUCUGGGCGGCUACAACCUCUCUGCCAAAUAUCAAACAGGAUCCCAAACCGAAUUCCUCGAUGAAUUUAUUGCGAUCGAACCUGGCUUCCAUUAUGAGCCGCGGUGUGCCAGCCCCCUGGGUUUCGGGUACCUGACGAAGCAGCUGAUGGGCUUGGCUGGCGGCCGGAUAGUUUUGGCCCUGGAGGGGGGCCACGACCUCACGGCCAUUUGUGACGCCUCGGAAGCAUGUGUUUCUGCUUUGCUGGGAAACGAGCUCGAUCCUCUCCCAGAGAAGGUUUUACAGCAGAGACCCAAUGCCAAUGCUGUCCGAUCCAUGGAGAAGGUCAUUGAGAUUCACAGCCAGUACUGGCGCUCCCUGCAGCGCCUCCCCUCCACCGUGGCCUACUCCCUGGUCGAGGCCCAGAAGCGCGAGAAUGAAGAAGCCGAGACAGUCACCGCCAUGGCCUCCCUGUCCGUAGGUGUGAAGCCUGCAGAGAAGAGGCCUGAGGAGGAGCCCAUGGAAGAGGAGCCGCCCCUGUAACCGUGCCCACGGCUGCGACUCUUGUUUGUCUGUCUGUCUUGAAGCUCCGCCAAGAAAAGUUGCUGUUUCUCUGCAUCCUGCCAGGCGUUCUCUCAGAAUCCGCAGGCACACCAGGGGCCCAGACCCCAGGUCUCACCGGGCAGGGCAGCCUUACACAGAACCCGGGACAGACGCCGGGAAGAGCAGACACCGACAUGCAGGGCACCAGGCUCGCCCUCGGCCCCCCUGAGGGAUGCCGAAGAGGGAGGAAGCCUGCGGCAACUCGUGGCAGAGUUGCCCGAUUCAGUUGACACGAGGAAAAGAACAUGAAAAUCAAAGAUCUAACAAUACAAAACAAACUUGAUCAAAACUGGUGCUUAAAGUUUGAUGAUUACCCACAAUUCCACAGUCUGUGUAAACCACUCAUCUUGUAGCUUUCUUUUUAAAGAGAACGUUUUCUAUCGCUCUGGCCUGCCUCUGUGAACCAGAGCGGUGUGCGGUGGGGUUUGCAGCCGGGUGGGGGACAGAGUGGAUGAGCAUUUAAGAAAAAAAAAGUGGACAAAAAUGGAAAUGUGAGCCUGCAGGAGCCGGCUCUGCUUUCUCAAAGCCAUCGGAAGAUGCAAGUUUGUGCCUUUUUUUUAUUGCUCUGAUGGAUUUUUGUGGCUGGGUAUUCUGAAGUCUGAGGAACAAUGCCUUAAGAAAAAAAUAAACAGCGGGAAUUGAUGGGAUAGACCUGUGGCUGGUGGGGCUAGCAGUGCCCGUGGGGCAGGAGGCUGCCCCGUGCUGACCAGGGCUUUGAGAGCAGGCGCAGGCCGCAGCCAGCGGCUCCAGAGGGCUGCCAACCUGCUGCCCUCAUUUUGCUUUAUUGCUGUGUAAGAAAAAUGGAGGUAGUUCCCAAAAAGUGGCAAAUACUGUUGGGAUUUUUGAAGUCCAACAAAUUUUAAAUGAAUCCAAAGUGUUCUUUUCUCAUACAUCAUAUAACAAUUGAGCAUCUCCAUUGGUUGUGAAGCAUGUCCUAGGCACACCUUCAGUGUUACGGUUGGAAUGCUUUUUAUUAAAAGCAAGUAGCAUGAAGUAUUGCUUAAAUUUUAGGUAUAAAUAAAUAUAUAUAUGUAUAAUAUAUAUUCCACUGUAUUCCAAGCUAAGAUACUUGAUUCUUAUGAAAUCUUGAUAAAAUAUUUAUAAUGCAUUUAUAGGAGAAAUAUAUAUAUAUAUGUAUAUGUAUAUGUAUAUAUAUAUAUAUAAAAUGCAGGUUGUCAAGGCCCCUGGGAACGAACGACUUGUGAAUUAGCUACCAAGGUGCUUACGGAAAGGGAUCUAGUUUGAACUCAUGUAGUUUGAAGUCAGAUUGGAUCGAUUUCAGAUCGCCAGCACAUUCGCCACUGGCAACUACCACACGUUUGUAUUUCAUUUUAAUUAUUUUCUAACAGACCCCUCCCGUUCCACACCUCCACCCACAUAUGUACCUAAUGAGUUUUUAUAGCAAGGAAUAUAAAUUUGCUGUUGAUUUUUGUAUGAAUUUUUCACAAAAAGAUCCUGAAUAAGCAUUGUUUUGUGAAUUUCACAUUUUUUUCUCACCAUUUAGCAGUUUUCUAAAUGGUAAUAAUGUCUAAACCUUUUUCCUUUCUAAAUUCUUCUUGUACAUUU